AUGAUUAAAAUAAACGAAGUGUUAUGUAUAUUUAUUGUAAAUAUAAUAAUUCACACUGAAUCCCAAGAAUCGACGGAAGAAGUUGUGUAUCCAAUAAAUCAAUUUCUUCUUGACACGGAAAAGAACAGCGAUGGUGUAGAUAUAUUUAAAGUAUGUGAUGAGAAUUUGGGAUGUAUUGAGACAGAUUCACGGUGGUACCACAAGCAAUAUAGACCAGUUAAUUUAAGACCACUUCCCCGACAUAUUUUAAAAACAGAUUUUUUGCUAAUAAAAAAGAAUGAAAUGAAUACACAAGAUUUGCAUUACAGUAGUGUAAUAGCUAAAGAAUCAUCGUUGAGAGAAGUUGGUUUCAAAAAUGAAUCAGAACUGAUGAUUCUUAUUCAUGAUUUUACUGCAAACGGUUACACAGGAUGGGUUAAACAUUUAUCUAAUACAAUUUUAACCAAUGCUAUGGAUAUAAACUUAAUUUCUGUAGACUGGCAAAGAGGUGCAGAACCGCCCUAUGAUCAGGCUAUAGCAAAUGCUAGAGUUGUAGCGUUAGAAAUUAUACUACUGAUAAAGGAGUUGCAGGAAAAAUUUCGUUUUAAUAUAAACAAUAUUCAUAUGGUGGGACAUGGUGUAGGAGCACAUAUCUGCGGAUAUGUUGGUAUUACGCACAAUACGAUUGGAAAAAUUACAGGUUUAGAUCCAAGUGGUCCAAGAUUUGAAGGAAUGCCAGAUUUUGUCAAAUUGAAUCCAAGAAGUGCAAGCUACGUGGAAGUUAUUCACACCGACUAUUAUGAAUCUAGAAGCCAGGGUAUAAACGAAACUUUAGGACACAGUGAUUUCUUUAUCAACGGAGCACAGAAACAGCCAGGUUGUCCAGAGAAUACUUCAUUCGAGAACGUUCUAUCAUUGCAACGAGGAAGUCUACAGCAAGGUCAAGUUUUUCCUGGAUGUAGUCAUAAAAGAGCAUUCAAAUAUUUCGUGGAGUCACUCGUGAGCAAGAAGUGUGCUUACCAGGGAAUAAAAUGCGGAAGUUUAGAAGACUUUGAUAAUGGUAAAUGUACCGGCUGUAAUUCUACAGGACAUAAUUGCAGAAUAUUUGGUUUAAAAAGAUAUUCUGAUAGUUCAGAGGGAAACAGAUUCUUCCUCAAUACUGCUCCCCAAUUUCCAUUCUGUAUGCUUGAAUAUCGAAUAAGUGUCAGUAUUAGAGAUAAUGAAAAAUAUGGAUAUUUUACGUUUAUCCUAGUCGAUGAAAAUGCUAAUAUUGCUGAAGCUUCACUCACCAUUGAAAGAAGGGACACCUAUAGACUUUUUAAAAGUCAGUCAGCGACUAAUAAUAGUUUUGUAUAUUUUGCCAAGCCUCCUCGUCUCAAUAAUAUUAGAGAAGCAAAAGUAAAAUGGAUUGAAAAGAAGAAGAUAUAUUGUUUAAUUUUUUGUAAAAUGGUCAUUAGCGUACAAAAAGUAACAGUUGCAUUUUUGGGUACAGGAAAGGACGAUGAAGGUACCGAUUUAAUUUUUUGUCCUCCUGACGAAACUGUCGAAAUAGAAAGCGGAUCUUAUAUUACAUUUACCAAAUGUGCAGACCAAACAGAACUGUCAAAUCCUGCAACGGAAUCAUUUGAGUUUAAAAAUAAAAAGGAAUCCAAUAUGACAUUGGAAGAAGUUACCACUGCAAAUAUUACGAAGGUCGCCACCCCAAAAACUGCUGCGAGUUUACAAAGUCAAUCCGAGCGCAAAAUAUCAACAGUAUCAGUCUCAACACCGAAACCCAUUAUAAAGUUUUCGACUAUUUUUAAUACUUUUACACCAGAACGGAGUAAAGCAGAAAACAGUAGGUACAAUCACAGCGAAUAAUUUGGCCCGCAACAUCUAAGAACGCAGUGGUUCAAGAAACCAAUAGUUCAACGAAAAUAAUAAUUAUUAUUUCUACAAAAAUAAUCUAAUCGAAUAAAGUAACACAGAAACCCGAAUAUACCAUGUAAAAUAAACUAUUUUUUAAAGAGA